AUGCUGGUUCACAAGAGCGCAAGAAUCCAACAGCUGACGGGUGGGGUUUAUGUGGAAGAACCGGCCCCUCCUCGAAUCGACCUCCAGCCUCGCUUUCGCGUUGAGACUAUCACCAAGCACGAUAAGGCUUUGGCCGAAUCCUACUUAAAACGAGAGGCUUCGGCGGCUCGGGUAUCUCAACCGCUCCUCCGCAGAGUGAAAUCCAAACUGACCAGGCCGGACAAGGCGGUGACUUUGACCGCUCUCUGCAACCAUGUGCACAUUGACGGCUGUGCUGAAGUCGCGCAAAUCUAUAUCGACAGACUUUCUAUAGAUGCCGCGCAGUCUGGUAUGCAGCUAGAAGUACCUGACGAUCUACUGUUGGCCGCCAUCAAGAACGCAAAUGUCAAGCUGGUGCGUCUGCUGGCCCCAGUCACGGCGGAAGAGGCUGUUACCGCCGCCCUCGAAUCUGCUGUCCUCGGCGGCAAUCAAAAUAUCGUCACAGCACUACUGGAAUAUGGCGCCGAUCCGAACACGCUCGAUCACCCUUGCAUGUUUCGACUUGCCGAAACAGAUCUUCGCCUAUUUCAGCUGAUCCUUCGAGCUCCCAGGCCUCUCCGUCCUGAGGCUUUCGGAAACCUCUGUCUCUUCGCUAUCCAACGUGGCGACUCAGCUGCUCUCCACGUACUCCUCCGAAGCAUUUCAGAUUAUCAGGUAUUCCGCGAUGGCACAGUCCCGUGGCAUCGUGACAGUCUUCUCGCCACAGCUAUCAGUUCUCCCGAUACCGCAGCCUUUUUCUCUAUUGCUGCUGCUACUAGAAGCUGGCCUUUAAGUGACGCCCGCCUGUUUUUGCAAGUUCUAGAGGCUCCGGGUCUGGACCGCUGCCUGGCGAAGGACAUGCUCGAAGUUUUGCUCUGUCUCGGUGAUGGCAUGGCGCAUUCUUCCCACACAGAUCGCGAGAUGCAGUCGACACUCUGCCGUUGUGUUCAAACACAAGAAGAAGAUAUCCUGCGUCUCUUGGUGUCUUACGGCGUGCGAAUUUCAGCCGAGCCACUUCUGCUCGUGUGUCAAAUUCAAGAUGUGAGGAUGCUGGAUACGCUGCUGGCUGGUAACAUCCGUGGAGCAGACCAAGUAGUCACGCGCAUUUCGCAUUUGCAGGGGCAACUUCAACGAGAGAUGCGCCAGAGAAUCCUGCGUCGCUUGCUUGCUGUUGGGGCUGACGGCGUGUGGAAGCACAGGGAACUUGUCAAGGCAGCCUCAGAGGGCCAGGUGCAAUGGGUCGAGGCAUUGAUCAAUGGGAAUGCUUCGGUUGAUUAUCACAACGGCGCUGCUCUUGUGGAGGCUGUGUCACUGGGUCAUAUCCCUAUCGUUCAGCGACUCUUAUCCCGUCCAGUAUCCUUGCGGAGCUUACAAGCGGCGUUCCCGGGUGUCUGUCAGUUGGAGACUCUGCCCCGUCGUCUACUCGCAAAGCUUUUUAUAAAUCAGGGUCUCACAGGGCAGUGUCUGGACGAGGCUCUGAACAGCGAACUCUGCAACUACUCUUACCAUCGAGACCCCGACCUGGUGGAUAUGUUGUCUUCGAACACCGAGAUGCCAGCAUUUUCGAUAAAAUACGUCUCUCAGAAACAAUUCUUCACGACUCAGCUUUGCAGUGGCUUGAAAGCUGGCAUCGGGUCCUCUUCCACCACGUUGAAGAAAGGGACGAACAUGUAG